AGACUCCCAUUUCACAGUACACCGCAGCGCCUGUGCAGACUUCAGCCCCUGCCACCCAGAAGUUUCAGUUCUCCUUCUCUCUCUCGGCCUGUUAUCAAGUCCAAGCUCACUCUGCUUGCCACCUGACAGGUCAAUAAAUCUGAGAAAUGAAGUGUUGAGGCAAGGAAUAUGACUUUAUUUGGAAAGUCGGUUGACUGAGAAGAUGGCAGACUAAUGUCUCAAACUAACUACUUUAUCGGGCCAUUCACUGGUGGAAGGGUCAGCUUCUCCUCUCUGAGCUGAACAGGGAGGCAGUCAGUCAGUCAGGCAGAGGGGCAGGGUUUUCUGAGGCUGAACUCUAUAUGUGAUUAUAAAAACUGAAGCAACAAAAAGCAAGUCAAAGAAAGUUCCGUCGUGGAAUCAGAAUUGGCUCUUCCUUCUAAUAGACCUCUGCUGCCUCCAGGUGGGUCCUUGACCCCUGUCCCCUCCCCACUCCAGCAGAGCCAUUAUUACCCAUCUACUUUAUCAUUCCUGGACAGAUGGCUCUGAGAACCCCAGGAAUCAGGAGGCGGGGAGCACAGGCUACGGCUGUGCUGGGGUGGAAGUGGGGGAUGAUAUAAUCCAAGCUGAGUCCACUCACUUAGAUGUGCCCGUGGACCAGCCCGUGCACUGCCGGGCCAAGUCCUGGGCCAGGGAUCCCUCACACCAGAGAAAAAAGGCUCCAAGUCUCUGUCCUCCAGCCCACUGAAGCCAAUAAAGACCAUCACUAGUCCCACCUUCAUCUGGAUCUCACCCUCCAAGAAUCCAGCAAGAAUGAUAUGGGCGACUCUGCUGAUCAGCCUCAGCUGCCUCAGCCUCUACACCCUCGGCAGUGGUGUCCGCUAUUAUGACCCCGGGCAGGGUAUUACCAUCCAGUACCUGAGCCUGGCUCCAGAUACAUUUGAUGAUGCCUAUGUGGGCUGCUCGGAGGAGAUGGAGGAGAAAGCAGUGCUUCUGUUAGAGAAGGAGAUGGCCAACCAUACUCGGUUGCGGGAGUCCUGGGAGACAGCCCAGAAGGCCUGGGAGCAAAAACGUCCAGGGCUCAUUCUGCCUCCUGGCUUCAGAAGCCAGCACGGAAUCGCCAUCAUGGUCUACACCAACUCAUCCAACACUUUGUACCGGGAGCUGAACCAGGCUGUGCGGACUGGUGGUGGCUCCUGGGAGUCCUACAUGAACCACUUCCCUUUCAAGGCCCUGCAUUUCUACCUGACCCGAGCCCUGCAGCUGCUGCGGGGCGGUGGGGGCUGCAGCAGGGAACCCGGGCAGGCGGUGUUCCGAGGCGUGCGCAGGAUUCACUUUGAACCCAAGAAUGUGGGGGACUCUAUCCGCUUGGGCCAGUUUGCCUCCAGCUCCCUGGAUGAGGCAGUGGCCCGCAGAUUUGGUAAUGCCACCUUCUUCUCUCUAAGGACUUGCUCUGGGGCCCCAAUCCAGGCCUUGUCUGUCUUUCCUGAGGAGCGUGAGGUGCUGAUCCCCCCAUAUGAAGUCUUCGAGGUGACGAGUUUCUCUAAGGAAGGAAACAAAAGCCUGGUGACUCUCUCCAGCAGUGACCAGAUGUGCAGCCACUUUAACUGCGCCUAUCUGGGUGAGAAGAAGAGGCUGAGCUGUGAGUCUGUGCCAAGAGGGCAGGGAGACUCACUCUCCAAGGGAGCCUUCACUCUGCUCUCCUGGAAGACCCUGCUCUUGGCCUCUUGGGGGUUCCAGCUCUUAGGAGCUGGGCUCUGAACGUUCAAUGCCUGCCACUUAGGAGUCCUGGGAACAUGUGACCUCCAGAUGAAGAAGGGAGGCUUCAAAGAGCUUGGAGAAGCAACAAUGUGGUUUCAGACCCAGACCUAGCAGCCAUGUCUCCAACCAGGAUGUCCGGGGAUCUGAGGCCAUGGUAGGGUGGAAGGAGCCCUGCUAUAUGGUGGGGAGUCCCGGGGACAAGCAAGGAUAGAGCUGUGAUGGCUACUUCAUUAAACAGUGUUGCAGUAUGGUGACA